AUGGGCAAAAUAAAUUAUAGAGAUGAGGCAUUUACACACAUUGUCAAUGCUACUGCCAAAUGGCCAUAUGCGUAUCGUCUUAUGUACCAGAGAAAUAAAACUGUUAAUCUUGAAGGUAAGCAAGGAAAGCAACUGGCUGGGGACGAGUGGGUUGAAGACUACCUUGUUAGACCAGUCAAGCAGUUUACAAGUGCUCAAAGUUCAUUUUCUAUGGUUGAACUAAUGUCAUGUAGUGUUAACCUACUGGAAAUGAAUCGCAAGAUGUACAAGGCAAAGGAAGCAUUUGAUAUUCAUCAUACAAGAAAACAUAAGAAGCCAUCAUCUUUGUAUGAUCAAAUCAAAGUAGCUCAGUUUGUAAUUAAAGAAAGAUAG